CAACUGCAUUCUGCGAUAGGGAGCGGAAUAUGACAGCACAACGGCUGUCCCAACCUGUACGCACAACGUCUUCUCUAGCCCCGCCUCUCCCUAACGUAACGUCAUCCACUCUCUACUCUUCCUGUAACAUGGCACCCAGUAAGGAAGACACUGACAGCGUGGGUCAGGUGUUGGUGGACGCAAGCCGCCCUUUGCCAGUGCGGUUCCGGGCGCUCUUCACCCUUCGCAAUAUAGGUGGCCCGAAUGCUGUGGAGUGGAUCGGCCGUGGGUUCAGCGAUCAGUCCGCGUUACUGAAGCAUGAACUAGCUUACUGCUUGGGGCAGAUGAGGGACCGGAGCGCGCUUCCUGUACUGUGCUCUGUGCUGAGAGAUCGGAGCCAGGAGCCCAUGGUGCGUCAUGAAGCAGGAGAAGCUUUAGGUGCUAUUGGAGAUCCUGAAAUGCUUGAACUUCUUAAAGAAUAUAGCAAAGAUCCGGUUAUUGAGGUAGCAGAAACGUGUCAACUGGCUAUACGCAGGAUAGAGUGGCUUCAAGACCAUCCUGAUACCCCUGACGAUAAUCCUUACCUUUCAGUAGACCCUGCUCCCCCCUCUACAGAAAGGGAUAUUGCUUCUCUACGUGAUGCACUUUUGAAUGACACACUGCCCCUCUUUGAACGGUAUCGUGCAAUGUUUGCACUUCGUAAUAUUGGUGGCCAGGAGGCAGUCCUGGCUUUGACAGAUGGCUUAAAGUGUGGUAGCUCUCUGUUUCGCCACGAGAUCGGAUAUGUUUUGGGUCAAAUGCAGCAUGAAGCUGCAGUUCCAGGGCUUGCAGAAGCGUUGAAUCUGAUGGAAGAGAAUCCUAUGGUGCGCCAUGAGUGUGCUGAAGCUUUGGGCUCCAUUGCCCGAGAAGACUGUUUAAAAGCACUUAGGGAACAUAGAGAUGACGUGGAGCAAGUAGUGAGAGAGAGCUGUGAGGUGGCUUUAGAUAUGUUCAACUACGAGAACAGUGGAGACUUUCAGUAUGCAUACAGUGUAAACCAAAUCCAGGAGUUGACUUAAGUCAUUUAAACUUUUUUUUUUUUUUUCCUAAGAAGGGUGCAAUGCUGCUUUGUUUGUGUCAUAUUCAAGGUCAUGAAAUCUCACAGCUGUAUGUCCGUAGAAAAGGAAUACUGGCAGAAUACUACAUUUUAGAGGUAUAGCAAACAUGAAUUCCCAGCAUACAGUUUUUUUAUUUUUUAUCAUAGUUCGUCAUAUGCAUUCAUGAUUUGUGUUGCAUUUUUUAAAUUGUAUUUUCUUUCUUUUUCAUUGACAACAUUUGACAUAUUGUUGCUUACUGGAGGAUUUGGACAACAUUUUUUUUUUUUUUUUUUAAUUUUUUUUU